UAGAAUUAAAAUUUUUUGAAGAGAAUUAAGUUUUUUUGGUUUAGAGAUAUUACAAAUUUACAUAAUUUUUUGUUAAAAAAAUGUCUGAAAUUAAGUGGUGUAAAGUUUUGUACAAACAUCAACCAUUUGAAGAUAAUUAUACCAGUAAAACAUUUCUGGAUGAAAUGAAAAAAAAUGUUAAUACAAAGAUAUAUGAUCUACCAAGAAUUAUUUUUGAGUCUGGAGUUGUUUCACAACAGUUAUCAAGUAUUUGUCUUUUUGUGUCAAUAUUUUGGUAUUUGGAAGUUAAAAUUCUAUCACCAAUAAAUCUGCUGUUUGCGUUAUUACUAUGCUUUUGUAUAGGUGUUUCUUUUCGUAAAGUUAUUGGAAAGAAAGGAAUUGGUGUUAGCAGUUGCUUUAUUGUGUCUUCCUUUGUAUUUGCAAUAUCGCCUAUCUUGAAAACAUUGACAAAAUCCAUCAGUACUGAUACUAUCUAUGCAAUGACUACUUGUAUGCUGCUUGCUAACAUGCUUUUUCAAGACUAUGGUGCAGGUGCUGCUAUAGUAUCCAAAGUUAUAUCAUUAAACACAAGUAUUUUUGCUGCUGUUUGUCUUGGUUCUCGUUUAUCUUCAUCUUUGCAAGUUUAUGCAUUUGUUAUGUUGGCAGUUGAAAUAUUUGCUUUAUUUCCAGAGCUACGUAAAGACAUUAAGUGUUGGUGUCGUGGAGCCGAUAUUUUUUUAACUGAAACAAUGGCUAUUUUUACAACAUUGUUGUUAGCGCCAGUGAGUCGAAUAGCUGCUUGUGGUCUUGUCUUAGCACAUUUUAUGAUAACUUUUUUUUUCCCUAUUUGGAUGUACCGUUUGCAAAGGUAUAAAAAUAACAUACAUGGUCCUUGGGAUGAAGCCCGAAUAUCGAAUGGUUAAAAGCUUUGAACGCAUUAUUUGUAAAUAGGCCAUGAUGAGCACAAUGAUUCAUAAACAACAUCAAAUAUCGUGCUUUGUACAAAUCUGUUAUUUCGGUUAAAAUAAGAAUAAACAUUGUGUACUGUACUACAAAAUAUUUAUUGUUUAAA